AUGGGUUCCGACGAAGGUGACGUCUUUUUGUCGAAAGAGCGAUUCUUUUCCCGUAUUUUGAAGUUAUUAGUGCAACCGAUUCAUAAUUUAGGAGCAUAUAAGUGUUCUUCUUCGAUUGAAUUUGGAUACGUUAUGGCUUAUUCUCUGUAUUCGAUUCAUUGGUACUGUGUCAAAUACGAUGAAUCACAAGCCAGACCGGUUUUGUGUUACCUCGGAGCUAAGCAGUUUAAGGGUUGUUCGAUUGUGAGUGCUUCUUGGAGCCCUCAUCUUCCUGGAGAGUGUUUGGUCUUGUUAGAGAAUGGUGAGAUCUUUUUGUUUGAUAUGAAUCAGAGACAUUGUAGUAGAUUCAGAGGUUGUAAGGUGAAAGUUUCUUGGGAUGGUCAAGGGAAUUCAGUGAAUAAGACUUGGUUAGGAUGUGAAUUUGGUUGGCGAAUCGGGGUUUUCGUCGUUGCUCGGUCUGAUGGGGUGUUUGUUAUUACUGGAAGCUCUGGAAAGUGCAGUGUAAGAUCUUUAUUGGAAGUUGAGAGUUUGAAUAUGGCUGGAAGAGAAGAGUUUGUUGGGUUUGUAAAGGCAGGUAGUGAUGGUUUUCGGUUUAUUCUUGCUUCGCCGAGCUAUCUAUUUCUUUGUGAUCAGAGAUCAGGAGUGCCUUUGUUGAAAUGGCAGCAUCAUGUUGAGAAGCCAUGCUUUAUGGAUGUGUAUAGCUUGUCUGAUCUCGGGGUUAGGACCGAAGAAUCAACUAUUUCCUGCGUUAUAGUAGGGUCCUUUUGGAAUGCGCAAUCUCAAAUGUUCUGUUAUGGACCUUCUCCUUAUGUUGUGAAGGAUCCUUCUUCCUUGUAUGUAUGGGAGCUUCCACACAAACUACUCUUACCAGCCGGAAAAUGUCGGUGUGGAGAUUGUGUAAAUAGAGAGGUGAAGAUGAAGGAGUAUCUUCCUGAGUGGAUCGAUUGGCAGAAAAAAAGAUAG